AUGCAGUUGGUUUUCCCUUAUACUGACAGGCUUAUGAAUAUGGAAUCUCAAAAUAUGAACCAUUUAACGCAUGACUUGGGAAGAUGUAUGUCGAGGAUCGGGAGACCGUUUAUCGUAGGUCACAGGGGCGCAAGUGCAAAAUAUCCCGAAAAUACAAUGUUAUCGAUUGAACAAGCUAUUGCGGAUGGCGCCGAGGCCAUAGAAUUUGACAUUCGUCUAACACUUGACAAUGAGGUGGUGAUUAUGCACGAUACUUUGUUAGAUCGUACAACAACAGGACAUGGAUUGAUAUCUGGCAAGAAUUAUUUUGGAGACAUCGAAUACCUCACUACAAAAAAAGAGCCAUAUUGCCCGAUCUCUCGAUUUCAAGAUGUACUCGAUCUUCUUUCCAAAGAAGAGAAUUCUCACAUCUGGGCCGUAAUUGAUGUUAAGAUACAAAAUUCCCCUAAAAUUCUUUUGGCGUUGAGUGAAAUCUUUAAAUCACGAAAUAAAGAUUUUACCGCAUCAUCUAAACAAUUUUCAUUAGGAAUUUGGCAUCCAAAAUUCAUUCCUUAUGCAAAAACUUAUUUACCUGGAAUCCCAAUAGUAUAUAUAGGAAUUUCAUUAGACAUAGCAAGAGAAUUUUUUAGCAAUGUGGACGGGUAUAACAUUAAAUACAUUGCAUUAUUUGGUGAUAAAGAACAAAAAUUUAUUAAGGAAGCCCACGCUAAAGGAAAACCGGUAUUUGCGUGGACUGUUAACGAGGAAAGUCAUGCAAGGAAUUGUCAUAAUUGGGGUGUCGAUGCCAUAAUGACUGAUCGAACAAAACUUUAUGUGGAUUUUUUUAGAAAUCAAAGGCAUGAAGAGAGAUCACUAAGCAUCGAAAGGAAGAAAUACUUGAUUAUUGAACAGACGUAUUUUUACUUUCGGUAUUUCGCUCAAUAUAAACCAUUACCGGGUCCCUUUCCUCUUCCAUUCGUUGGCAAUCGUUUACAAUACAAGGGAAACCCGGCAACAUGGGCAAGUAGUCUUCGAGAGAAAUAUGGAGACUUCUGCGAAAUCUAUAUGGGUAAUGAACGACACUUAUGGUUAUCUAGGGCUGAUUUGGUAGAAAAGAUAUUCAGCCCUUCAUUAAAUAGUAAUUAUUUGAUCAAGAUAACCCCAAGAGAAGGAUUAGAUGAGAUCGAUGUAACUACGAAAGGGUUUACUUUUAAUAGAAAUUUGAAGAGUUGGAUGUUUAAUCGAAGAUUUUUUAAUCAAGCAAUCAGCUCAUCGAAAUUUAUGAAGCAGAACGUCAUAAUAACGCAAAACUUAUUCAAAGAAAUGGAUGAUUAUUGGAGAGAUUUAAGAAUUCAAACGGAAAAUACAAGUGGCAAAGAAUUUACACUUAACUUAUCAGAAUGGAUGACUAGAUUCGUGAUGGACGUUAUAUUUGUUAUAACAACUAAUAAAAGAGCUUAUACAUUUGCUAAUUACUUUAAUCAGUUAUCUGGUACAAGGACAAGUCAACAUUCGGAAAUUGACAUGACCGAAUCAGAGAAUCUUGUUAAUAAUAUUCACUCUUGGCUAUGCGCUUUACAAUUUUAUAUGGAUACACCUACUUUAUGGAGAAAAUUUAUUCCCAGAUUUAAAGAAAGGGCCGAAUCCUUGAAGGGCGAAGUUGAUCGAUUGAAUCAUACUUUUAUGGAAUUAAUUAGUCAGAGAAGAAAAGAGAUUGAGAUGACACCGAAUGAUGAUCAAUUGUCACCUGAUAUGUUGACGAUGUUGUUGACCGUAAACACACCAAGAGAUAUUACGGUUAAUCUUGCAGAUGAUCAACAUACGAGACCCUUGACUGAUGAGGAAAUCCGCGGUAAUAUCAUGGAAGCCAUCGUUGCUGGAGUCGACACGACAGCAAAUACAUUUUGUUUUAUUGUGUAUCAUCUUGGUCGUUACCCGGAUGUUAGGGAAUUAAUGCUUCAAGAAUUCAAUUCAGUCUUUGGAGAUGAUUUAGAUCGUUCAAUUGAACACGAGGAUUUGAAUAAGUUGGUUUAUUGUGAUGCUAUCAUUAAAGAAGUUUCUCGGAUGAUGUCAAUUGUACCAGUCAUAUUUAGAAUGUCAAUAAAAGAUGAUAUGAUACAGAGACAUUGUUUUCCAGCAGAGACACAAAUUAAUGUUAAUGUACCAGCAAUUCACAUGAAUCCAGCACAUUGGAAGAAUCCUGAAAAAUUUGAUCCUUCCCGAUUUUUGAACCAAGGCGUAUCAGGUGGAAAUAGAAUCGCAAAGAAUUCUCUAUUAAUUUUUGGUGGAGGACCAAGGAUGUGUCCGGGAAAGAAUUUAGCAAUGACCGAAUUGAAAACUUUGAUGGUCUUGCUGUAUAGAAAAUAUGAUGUGGAAUUAGUUGAUAUGGAUGAACCUGUUAAAUACCAUUAUUCUGUCAUUAAACAUUGUGAUAAUUUGAUGAUUAGGAUUAAAGAGAAAAUUCUUAAAUAG